AUGGGAGGAGGCAAUGGCCAAAAGUCUAAGAUGGCUCGCGAGAAGAACAUUGAGAAGCAAAAGGCUGCGGGAAAGGGAAGCCAGUUGGAUUCAAACAAGAAAGCCAUGAACAUUCAGUGUAAGGUGUGCAUGCAAACAUUUAUGUGCACCACAUCAGAAGUGAAGUGCAAGGAGCAUGCUGAAGCCAAACACCCCAAAUCUGAUCUCUAUGCUUGUUUUCCUCAUCUUAAAAAGUGA